GCAAUGCCCAGCCCAACGAAUCACCACCAAAAAUAGAAAAAUUCCCCAUUUUGCCCUAUUUGAUUUCAACCCUCAGCCCUAAUCUGCCUCUCUCUCUCUCUCUCUCUCUCUCUCCUCUCCAAGCGCUGACCACGCGAUCUCCCUCUCUCGCUCCCCAUCCGACCACACCGUCGAUCUACACAUCGGCAUCGCUGCAUCACUCAACCGUCCAGCCUCCACACGCGACCAGUACGAUCAAGAUGUCGGAGAUAGAGACACCCUUUAGGCCAAGGGAGAAGCUUCUUGAGAAGCAAAAGUUUUACCAAAGCGUCCACAAACACACGUAUCUUAAAGGUCCUUAUGACAGGCUCACAUCGGUGGCCAUCCCUGCAGCUCUUGCUGCUUCAUGUUUGUUUCUUAUUGGACGGGGCAUCUAUAACAUGUCUCACGGGAUUGGAAAGAAAGAAUGAGAUGGUGUUUUCUGCUAGACGAGGGCCCUGUCUGGACACUCAAGUUCUUAAAUUUAUGCUUUCGACUUUGUCUGGUUUUGUUAAUAAUCCCAUGGGUGCAAACAUGGUGGUAGCAACAGAUGUUGAAUCUUCUUUGUUGACGACUUAUCUUGCUUGUUCUUUACCUUUUUAAUUCCUACUGAUGCAUGGUUUAGUUUUUGGAUUGAUAUAAGAUCUUGUGGGAUUUUUGCUCUGCUCUGUAUUUCAUGGAAUUGUGAAAGAUCAAGACUUGUGCAUGACAAAA